GGGCAAAAGGCUACAAGCAAUUACAUUAGAUAUAAGCAGUAUAAACAUUUCAUUAAAAAAUAACUAUUUUAUUAUCACCAAAAGUUCAUUCAACCUCUAGCAGUAUAAAUACAAAGAAAAUUAUACAGCAUACCAUAGUACAAUUGUUAGAACCAAGGACAGAGAAGUCUUACAAAGAACCAUCAAAAAACAAUAAAAUUACAUUACACACAGAAAGCCAAAUGGGAAAUAAAAAUGAUAUUUUUCUUUCUUGCUUGGUUGCUUUCUCCCUUUGAAGCAGGGUCUCAAUGUAGCCCAGGCUGGUCUCAGAGUCAUAAAUCUCUUGCCCCGGCCUCCUAAGAGAUGGGCUUAUGGGGGCUGGAGAAAUAGCUCAGUGGUUAAGAGCAUUGGCUGCUCUUCCAGCGGUCCUGAGUUCAAUUGCCAGCACUCACGUGGCUCACAACCCUCUAUAGUGAAAUCUGGUGCCCUCUUCUGGUGUGUAGGAUACAUGCAGGCAGAACACUGUGUACAUAAUAAAUAAAUCAGACCCCGCUAUAGCUCAGUUUUCAGUUCAGAAAGUCACUCCACAGUCUGAUGACUCCAGCUCCAAAGUGAAAGUCAAGGUUCGGGUAAAUGUCCAUGGUAUUUUCAGUGUGUCCAGGGCAUCCUUAGUAGAAGUGUACAAGUCUGAGAAAAAUGGAGACUGAUCAGAUUGCAAAGGAAGAAGAGAAGAAGCAAGUGGGCCAGGAGGAACCACGUGCUGAAGAGCAGCAGCCACAGACCCCAACAGACAACCAGGUGGAGUCUGAGGAAAUGGAGACCUCUCAAGCUCGAUCAAAAGAUAAAAAGACGGAACAACCACCUCAAGCCAAGAAGGCGGAAGUGAAGACCAGCACCGUGGACCUGCCCCUUGAGAACCAGCUGCUGUGGCAGCUGGACCGAGAGAUGUUUGGUCUGUAUCCAGGGAAUAAGGGUAAGCUGAUCGUGCAGGAUAAACUGGAGAAGGAACGGAAUGGUGCCAAGAACGCCAUGGGAGAAUCUGUGCACGAGAUGAGAGACAGACUUAGCGGUGAAUAUGAGAAAUCUGUGAGUGAAGAUGAUCUUAAUGGAUUUUUUUACCUUAAAAUCAGAAGAUACUGAAAAUUGGCAGAUAUACUGAAAAUAUGAUGAUGGAGAAGACCAACCAAAGCAAGUUUAUGUAGACAAAUUGGCCGAAUUAAAAAAUUUAGGUCAGCCUGGACACGGUUCCAGGAAUCUGAAGAAAGACCAAAGUUAUUUGAAGAACUAGGGAAACAAAUUCAACAAAGUGAUCAGCUCUUUCAAAAAACAAGGAGGACCAGUGUGAGCACUUGGAUGUUGCUGACAUGGCGAAGGUAGAGAAGAGCACCAAUGAAGCGAUGGAAUGGAUGAAUAGCAAGCUGAACCUGCAGUACAAUCAGAGCCUGACGGUGGAUCCAGUUGUCAAGACAAAGGAGAUUGUCCAGGUACCCAGGCUGCGGAGCAGGGUGAAGACAAAGCUGUGCCUUCUGAUGUAGACAAGAAGCUUCCUGAGAUGGACAUUGAUAGACUCCAACACUUGUUUAUAUUAAAACAGACUAUUAUAAAAUAAAUAAAUAAAAUAAAUCAAUUUUUUUAAAAGAGAGAGUGGGGGGGGGGAGGCAUACGGGCAUAUGUCCGCAUUCCCAGCAUUCCCAGCAUUGCCACAAAGACUUACUUUUAAUUAGUGUUAGCAUGAUCUGUCUUUUCCCAUCUUUUUCACGUUUUUAGUUAUAAAGUUUAUUUAUUACAGGUAGCAGCAAAUAAUUGAGUAUUACCUAAAAUAAAACUCCAGCCAGGCACAUACCUGCAAUCCUAGUACUCAGGGGGUUAAAGCAGAGGAUUCCAAGUUAAAAAUAAACAAACAAAAAAACAAUCCACAUUAAAAAAAA